AGAACCUCCCAAAUUCAGUAGAAGAUAGUUCGUGUAGUGAUUAAAACAGUGAAAUAACUGCGGAAUCAUGACUAAAAUAAUCUAUUUUCUAUUGAUUGUCAGCCUUGCAGUGCUCAUCACUGCCAAGCCAGCAGACGAUGCCAAAAAGGCAACAGACGCUGCUAAGGAUGCGGCUAAAAAGGGCGAAGACGCUGCCAAGGAUGCGUCUAAAAAGGGCGAAGACGCUGCAAAGGAUGCGGCUAAGAAGGCCGAAGCCGCUGCCGCAGAUAAGGGAAAGUUACCGGAUCUUUCUAAAAACAACAUAAUGGGUGAUGUCCAAACCGUAGUCAAGGAUACUGUAAAAACGUUUGAAGAUGUUCCUUCAUCCUUUUUGGGAAUAUUUGGAGGAUUUGGUAAAUAGUUCAUCCACGUGUUUUCGAGAUUAUGAACGUGCAAAUAUUAAUUAAUGGCUGCAAAUCAUUAACAAUUACAAAUAUUAGUUAUACUAAAAUCAAGUAAAUAAAAAUAUCAACAACAAGUAA